AUGGAAUGGUUGCGAUCGAUUGAUUUGUCUGAAUUUGCGCCAAACCUGCGCGGGUCUGGAGUUCACGGCGCUCUCAUCGUAUACGAGCCCGCCUUCAACGCCGACCUCUUCUCUACAUUGCUAUCCAUUCCUACCGUAAAAACCCUUUUGCGUCGACACAUCUCUAUUAAGUUUAAACAACUCAUUGGAAAUGAUUUGUGUCGAGAGAAACGCGACUUUGAAUGCCUUCCCAAUUACGUGCCUAUGAUUCCCGGCGCUAAAGUGAAGAUCCACAGAAAAGGACAGUUCACCCUUAAAAAGAAACGUAAAUCAGAUAUGAGUUACGAUGACUACGUCUGUCCGAUGGGAGACAAUGCGAGCACCGGGUCUCACACUCCGAGUCUUCGCUCAGUUCGCCGACAGAACUCUAUUUCGAGCACUAAUUCAACGCAAAGUAAUACAAUGGAUGGCAACAGAAGAGAUAAAGUGACUGAUGUCUGAACACUACAACGAUUACUAGAUUUUAUAUACAUUUUAUGUCUUUUGACUAUAUUUUCAAUUUUCUUAUUUUCUUCCAUUAACUCUAAAUUUAGACCAAAAUUAUAUAAUUUAUAUCUUAUUUACAGCUAUUGUUAUACAAAUUCA